UUUUCGGGGUCGGGGAAAUGCAGAUGGCUGUGGAGAAUCUUUGAUUCGGCCAAUUUUGGGACAAUUUCUCUUCGGCCCCCGUCGACGAGCUUGCGAAUUGGACAGUGGCAGCAGCAGCUAAUAAGUUUCUGGAGCGAUGGCUGCUGUUUCCGCCGUGAGUGCUACCGUUCCCGGUGUUGCAUCGCUCUGCGCGGGCCAGAGGCAGUCAGGUCGAUGCUCGGCUGCUGCAGCUGAAUUGGCAGUUCCGAGAGAGCAUUCGAGCACGAAAUGGAGCUGCUCGAUCUCGAGGUCUGGCGCGCGCAGCAGUGGAAUGUUGGGCAUUCCACUGCAGGCUGCGAACACACUGUCCACUUCGAGAGUGUCGAAGCAGCACAGGAGGAGCUCCGUCACGAGAUGUAUGGAGGCUGAGGAACCCACUGUCGACAACUCCACAGUGUUGGUGGUCGGCGGUGGAGGUGUGGGACUGGAAACGAUCAAGGCCCUUUCCAUGGCAGGCUCAUGGAUCACAGGGUACCAAAGAAGUGACAAGUUUCGGAAAGACAUAGAAGGAUUAGGAGCCAUGCUGGCAAUAGGAGACGUAUUGGAUACUGCUACCAUCGAGAAAACACUGAAGUCCAAUUCAUUUGAUGCCAUCGUCUGCACAGUCGGUGGAGGCACCACUGACCCUAAUGUCGACCAGCAAGGACCUAUCAACCUAGUUGAUGCUGCGAAGAAAGCUGGGGUUAAGAGAUUUAUAUUGAUCUCCAGCGUUGGUGUGGGAGACAGCCGACAAGCAGUAGAUGAGAGAACUAUCCAAGUUUUAUUGAAGGUUUUAGAAGCCAAGGAAGUGGCAGAGGAUUAUGUGAAGCAGAGUGGUUUGGAAUGGACUAUCAUUCGACCUGGUGGGCUUCUAAGUAGUGCUCCUCCAUCAGGCAAGGGUGUAUUGACUGAAAAUCUCACAGUGGCAGGCCUCAUCCAUAGAACUGACGUUGCCUCUCUUGUGUUGAAGAUAAUUUUUGACAAGCGUACCUACUCUAAGACAUAUACAGCUAUAGAUGCCGAGAAGGUUAUGCCUCCAGGAAGGUCAAUGGACGGCAUCGAGUUUCUCUCCCUUGCCUGAUUCGUCAGCUCAAUUUUCCCAUCAAGAGCUGGUCUUUGCUGGUCAGUAAAGUAGCAAAGCCGUGACGUUUUGGAAGAUGAGUAAGUUACAAAUGGAUUGGAAGACGCAUUUGUAUAUGGUGAGCCCUCGAAGUGUGUGUGGGAUAUUGCGGCGUACCGAGCUAGCAUAGACAUGUCAAGAGUUCAUGACAGCAAGAGCUUGUCUUCACAAUAUGUUGAAAGUUGUAGAGCUUUGGCUCUCAGAAACCUCCAUGCUUGAAAAACAAGAGCAGUUCGGCAAUCAGAAUGGGCAACAAGUAACUUACAAACAGUUGUAAGCUUGGGAAGGUUGCUUGCUCUUUCAGGCAGUAAUAGAACUGUUGACUCUACUUCUGCCAUUACAUUUCAAGUUUCGAUACUCCGAAGAGGGUGAGAUUUGUAGUGGCCCUCGGGUACCAUUUGUGUACACAUGUCAUAUUAACAAUGUAUUAUCCAUGAGGAAAAUAAACCUCAGAGUCAGAACAUAUUCAGAA